UCGUAGAGCGACACUUCGUCAUUUUCGCAUCCGUGCGAAAUCCCGAACGAACAAGCGGAGCGAGCCGCGUCGCCAUCUUUAGGAACGGUACCGACUAUCUCCGCUAUCGCCGCCUGCUUCGCUUUAAGAGCUUAAAAUCAGUCCGCGACUAUAUUAAAAGAAUUCGUGUGUUUAGUGCGAUAGCGCGUACUUUGUUUUCUAUCGCGAGAAGAUGCGAUACACGUUUGUUCGCGAUGUUCAUUUAAUACGUCCGAGUCAAAGUUUGUGGUGUGCGUGUCGUGUAAGUUGAGCAGACGACGUUUCGCAAGCGUUCCGAGGGUUGAGAGCGAUCGAAACCGACGUCAUUCUCUCGUUCCGUUCGACCCUUGUUUCAAACUGUCGUUCUCGAAUUGCGAUUUAGCUACUCGGUACUAUUACUGUGAGAACCCACUAGUGUUUAGUGUUUUGAUUUGUCAAACCAGUGGGACAAACACGUCAAAGAAAGUUGCUGCGGUGUACGAGAGUACAGCGACAAGUUAAGGCAGAAAUAAAGAGAGAAGGAUAAGAAAGGAAAGACUGAGACAGCUCUAGUAGACGACGACAACGACGGGCUAGUACAAUUGACAGGAAAGAUGGCGCAAGGUGCGGACGAGGAUUAAUGCUGACCCAUUUUUCCGCGCGAAAUCGCUCGGUCUCACUUUGUCAUACAAUUAAGGGACCACGAAGGUUUAUACCGAGUGCGAGAAGUCGUACGGUUGUUAUUAAGUGAAUCGAACACUGGCGAAAAAAGGGAAGGAUAGUCCGCCAUCGGUAGGAGUGUAUCCAUCGUGCAGUGCGCGCGUGUGCCCUGUUCUUGCGUAAGUGUGAGUGCUCUCUCGGACGUUUAUAGGUCUCGUAGGGCCAGCAUUGACAAGUAUCGGAUAGAAACAUUGCGAAUCGUCGGUGACUUUAGGAGAGAGUACGGAUAGUGGAGGAAAGUAAUAGAAGGUAGCAACAAUUUUGAAGAGAGUGGAGAUUGGCAGGGCCGUGGUAGGCUCGACUACGGAAGAGGGCAAAAGAAAACGAAAACGAAGACGCGGUCUUCUGGAACUUCUUGAGCUGUGUAGAGCCCUGGCAGGCUCGUGUACGAGCGCGGCUGCUAAGAUGGGCAACAAUGCCGCGACUGCAAACAAAAAGGUUGACGCUGCUGAGAGCGUCAAGGAGUUUCUUGACAAGGCAAAGAAAGAGUUCGAGGACAAAUGGAAAAGAAACCCUACAAAUACUGCUGCCCUUGACGAUUUUGAACGAAUCAAGACACUGGGCACCGGCUCGUUCGGCCGUGUCAUGAUAGUGCAACACAAGCCGACCGGAGAGUAUUAUGCCAUGAAAAUACUCGACAAACAGAAGGUCGUGAAACUUAAGCAAGUUGAACACACGCUUAACGAAAAGAGGAUACUGCAGGCGAUUAGCUUCCCGUUCCUGGUUUCGUUACGGUUUCACUUCAAGGAUAACUCUUAUCUUUACAUGGUCCUCGAAUAUGUCCCAGGAGGGGAAAUGUUUAGCCAUCUACGAAAGGUUGGUCGCUUUUCGGAACCACACUCGCGCUUUUACGCGGCACAAAUCGUAUUAGCGUUCGAGUACCUUCACUACCUCGACUUAAUCUAUAGGGACCUUAAGCCGGAGAAUCUGUUGAUCGAUUCACAGGGCUAUUUGAAAGUCACGGAUUUCGGCUUUGCCAAAAGGGUACAGGGUAGAACAUGGACCUUAUGUGGCACGCCGGAAUAUCUCGCGCCUGAAAUAAUUCUCAGCAAAGGAUACAACAAAGCUGUAGACUGGUGGGCGCUCGGUGUCCUCGUCUACGAGAUGGCUGCCGGUUAUCCACCAUUUUUCGCUGAUCAACCAAUCCAAAUCUACGAGAAAAUCGUGAGCGGAAAGCCACGAUUUCCCUCGCACUUUGGAUCCGAUUUGAAAGACUUACUACGUAAUUUGCUGCAAGUUGAUCUUACCAAGAGGUACGGUAAUCUGAAGGCCGGUGUAAACGAUAUCAAGGGUCACAAGUGGUUCGCCAGUACCGAUUGGAUAGCUGUCUUCCAAAAGAAAAUCGAGGCCCCGUUCAUACCGAAAUGCAAAGGGCCGGGAGACACAAGCAAUUUCGACGACUACGAGGAGGAGACGCUGAGGAUUUCGUUGACGGAGAAGUGUGCCAAGGAAUUCGCCGAAUUUUGAAUUCCCACAUUGAUUCAAGAUGGUCACACGUAUCGCGUAUACAUUCAUACGCGAUGGUUCGUCGCUCGCUGCUCGCUUUUCUUCGGGCGAGGAAUAUAGAUGAAGUAAGAGAGCGGGAGGAUGGGAGCGAGUAGUGUAAACGAGAGAAUGUAUUACAUGUAUGCAAGAUAGAAAGAAAGCGUAUACAGGUGUGUGCGUGCGCGUGUAUGAUUCUGUGCGUUUGCGGGCACGCUCGAUGCAAUAGUUUUAUAGAGGAAGGAAGGUGGCUUAGAAGAGUCGAGAAAGGGAAAGGAAACUAAGGAAGACGAGUACGUAAGAUGCAGAUGGCAGAUUUUGCGCUUUAUUUUGUGAUUGUGGACUUCUGAGGAGAGCGGAAAUGAAAAGAGUAUACGAAGGAAACACGGUAAUCGGCGUCGUUGAACGUAUUGAGAUUGACAGAAAUAAAAGAGAUAUAAUAUAUUGGAAAAUAUUACGAUAUAUUGCAUACACAGAUAUCAAACACACAUACACAUACGCGUACGCGUGUGCUCACACUCAUAGUCACUGUCACCACUACGACUUUUUACAAGAGAAACAUCUUUUUUUUCAGCCAAGUAAUUCAGCCUGACAUUAUUGACGUAUGAGAAUGACGAUAUAUAUAUAUAUUUAUUUAUUAUAAAUAAAUAAAUAAAUAAAUAAAUAUAUAUAUAUAUAUAUAUAUACACGUAUAUGUGUGUGUUCCCUAAGAUGGCUUUAUUAUCCGGUUUACUAGAGGCGGCGUGUGUAAAGAUUGCUCUCGAUAAGUACUAUUAAUAUCGGAAAACGUCGUUUUGCCGGAAUUAUUUUGUACAUACAUCUAGUGUCCCUGUAAUCUUUAUGAAUGUUCCCCGACCCCCUUUUACACCACGCCCCUCUACUCCAUCGUCCUGCCUCUUUUAGCACAUACAAAGUUUAUAAAAAGGGACUUGACGGGAGAAAAUGGAUAUAAAAUACACCAACAAUUAAUUGUCAUGUCGUGCAUUGUUGUCUAUCUGUCUACGAGCAUUUUUCUCUUCAUUCUCGUUGGGAGAAAAGUUUUUGCCACGAUACGAACCGUAUUUAUAAUAGCUAGUCGUCACACGAUUAUUUUGCUGAAGUAAUAUUUAUAUGACUCGUUUUUCAUCGAUCGAGAAGGGGGAGAACGAGAGGGUGGGAGAACAGGGGAGAGAGAGAGAGAGAGAAAGAGAGAGAAAAGUAGACCUUUAUUAUAGCAUAUUAUGAAUCUUAUUAAAAGAAAAAAAAUGGAGAAAUACUCGUUAUAUACUGGCUACAGAUGCUCGUUGUUGAAUUAUAUUGUACCUUGCAUAAAUGAUACAGGAAAAAUAGGAACGAAGAGAUGAAAGGGAAAGAGAGAGAGAGAGAGAGAGGGAGAGAAAGAGAGAAAGAGCGAGAAAGUGAGAGUAUUUGUGAAAAUGCGAUCGACGGGAGUACGAGCAAAAUAAGGAUUCAUUUUUGGAACGUUUUUAAUAGAGGACCACCGGCGUUCGUACAUAGAUACGUUAUAAGAGUAUUCGUAUAUAAUUAUAUCGCCUUAAGUUGCUGUAUGCAAAAAAAGCAACGUUAUCUUUUAUAUAGAGCUGCACUUUUAGUACGAAAUGUAAACGUAUGGACAAUCCUGUAUUUGUGCAAGAGGAAAGAGAAACGAACGAUGCACACGCGCGAAAUGGCCAAAGGAAAUUGCGCGUGUACGUACACGUAGAGUGAAAAUUUCAUUGAACGGGAUACAGAAGCGUGUUAAAACAUAAUCGCGAGAAGACGGUCCAAAAAAAAUAAAACGAAUGACGAAACCAGGGACAAGAACAAACGAAGGAAUGUAAACGAAGGAGAACAAAGGGAUACGAUAAGGAAACGAAGAACAGCAGCAGUAGCAAUUACAGCGAGAGUAUUAUCGCUGAAAGACGCGUUUGUUAAUUUUUUUUUUUUUUUUUUUUUUAAUCCAUUAAAACCACCUUCUUUCGAGAUGGAGCAUAUGGGAUACUUUACGGCAUCGUAUCUCGGCGGUAAUGAAAUUCAACGACCAGUUAACAUAAGGAACGCGAGAAUCAGAGAAUCACCAACACCAACGAACCCUGAGCGUCGACGAUUGGACACGCGUCGAUCGUAUAAUGAGAAUCGAUUUUACAAUGAAACACGCACGAGAAGGUCCGCCACACGCGUAGCUUCAUUCCAAGCCACACACACUGUGCGUAUAUACAGAUAUUACGAAACUUUCUGCGAAUGGUUUCGCCGUGACAUAAGAUUGUCACUUCUGAUCCGAAUUCAAAGGGCUGUUCGAUUAUUACGCGAUAAGAAAAGUUAUAAGGUUGAUUGUAGGCACGAAGUAAUUUAAAUUACGGGGACGUCGUAUCAAUCCGAUUUCGGCGAAUUGGCCAAGGCUUUAGUUAACCAGCUUAGAUAUAUGUAAUAAGAAAAAGAUAGAGAAUGCGAAACAUUCGGAUAAAUCUGUGGCCCACGUUGCGGUAACAUCGGGUAUACGAUUACUGCGGUUUCCAGUUUCCUCUAGCUUCGUCCAGUUUCGUUCUCUUUGCAAACGAGACGAAACUUAACGAUCAAAGUUGCAACUGAGCAAAAACAGGUAGAACGGGGUAAGGGAAACGUAACGGGUAACAAGUCAAAUUAUAACGAGGCUUACUUUUCCGCGUGCUUUGAACGUGCUCGUAUCUGGAUAUUCUCGAUAAGAGUUAUAUAUAUAUAUAUAUAUGUAUAUAAUAUGUAUGUAUAUAUAUAUGUAUAUAACGUAAAAAAUACGUGUUUGUUUUUGAAUAAAGUUUCUUUCAACAAGAAUGUAAUUAACAACCAUACGUAUGGUUUUUCUAAAUUGAACGAGCUGGUUUAUCGAACAACUUACAUCCACGAAAAAUUUAUAUUUAAAGAUCGCAGUUUGGAAAACGCGAAAUCUUCUCUCUCUCUAUUGCGGUAAACGAGCGCGUCAUAGCAAUGCGCAAGUACAAAGAACUGGACAGAGAAAAGAAUGUAUGUUCUUUUUUGUCGCGUUGGUGACUUUUAGGAUGUAUAUUCCUUCCCUACCUUGAGUAUACACGUGUACACUGUUCGCUCGCGUAUGCUGCAGUGCUGAAUAAAUAAAAACAAGAAUAGGCUUGGUUCGAACAAAGUAGCACGGAAGUUGUUGGCAAGGAAUUGCGCGAUCGAGACAGGUUAUGCUUUCAAAUCGUCCAAUUUUGGCUGGUAUUCUAUCCGCAUAUGCACACACACACAUGUAUACAUUGAAACGUUGAUUGCGGCGACACGACUACCAGUAUCGUGAUUAGCUUGUCGUUUAUUCCUGUUCUUCGAUAUUUGUAGUUUGGAGAAUGAUUAGAUCGCUGGUGUCGCUUCUUACUCGUAUAAAAUUCAUCUUUUUUCUACAUUUUACAAAAACCGUUUCUCUCGAUAUAUUCAGAAAGAAAGGUAAACCUAUGACUCGGUAAAGUUGUUUGAAUAGCACAAAUUCAUUUCGCUCGGUAUUCUAAUCUUCAACUUGGAGCAAAUCGCCAUGAUUCGCGUUGGAACUUUGCUCAUAAAAGUUCCACGUUAUCUCACCUAUGUGCAUAUCGUUAUAGCUGAACGCUGUAAAUUUAGCGCACAUUGAAUUGCUCGAUACACUGCAAAUCAUACAAGCAGGAUCAGAUCUAUCAAUUUUUAGAGCAAUUGAUUUUAUAUUUUAUCGAUCUUAGUUCGAAAAUGUUUCUUCGUAUGUUUUUCUAGUUCGGUAAGGACAGGCACGCUAUAAAAGGUUCUUAAUCGAUCGUGGCACCUCUAUAAAUCGGAUAAUCUUACGCGUAUGAACGAGUUUCAUACUACGCUUUUUGUUGCGGACCUUUAUCUGAUUGAUUAUUCGUAACUGUCCUAGGACAACUACAAGGCAAUCAUCUAAGCUUUAUCGCUAUAACGUGAGGAUUUGAGGAGAUAAGGCCUCUUUCACCGUCGCGUAUUAUUUUCUGCGUUAUAGCUUCUCUACAAAUGGUUGUAGAUUACGGAAUCUUAAUGUAGCGUUAAUGCAUUCGAACAAUAUUUAUUUUCGACGAAUAAUAACCGUCGAGUCAUAUCUGUGCAAUAAAAGUUACACAGGAUAGUUUCAUUGUAUUUUGAAAAUCUUGAAGAACGUGUACGAUCGUCGAGUGUACAAAGAUUCUUUUGUAAAUAUUAGUUGUAAGCGAUCGUUUAAAGCCACAUUAUACCGCUAUGUUUAUCGUAGUUUUGCUGUGUUAAGCGAUUCUUUCUAGUGAAUUUGCCACGGAACGUAUCGUUAAGUCGAUUCUCAAUUACGUAUCGCACUCCUCAACGUUAUCCAUUUCCACUUUUUCUUCUUCGAUUCGACGUGCAAUACGUGCCGCUAUUGCUCUAUUCGUAAAUAGAUCGUCCCUUGGUUCUCUGAAUAAUCGUUUCGCAAUCGUUGACCCACGUGUGUCGAUAAAAUUUUGAACAAUCACACGUAUAAAUACUUACGUAAUCGUAUCAAAAGUAUCUUCGUUCAAGUUCAUAUCGUAAGUGGUAAAUUGCCUGCGUUACAGACGCAUACAUUCUGGCAAUAACACUUUGUUCCGCUUUGUGUUUAGUACUUUACGUUUCUCUUUUGUCUGCUAUCUCUUUGCACAAUUGUACCCGUCGAUGAAGGGAAGGAUCUAUUUUACAACUCGUUAUUAACCACUGAGCAAUCCUGUUUUCUUUCCUCUUGUAAAACCAGUUAAUCCACGAUAGAGAGGAAAUUUGUCAGUGAUCAGAUAAUUUGGCAAAUAAGAGAACGAAUAUAAUUCUAUUUGAUAUUAAAACCUCGAAUGUAUAGAAAUAUUUUAAUGUCUACGAGUCUGACACCACUCCGUAGCGAAAAGAAAUUAAAAAAGAAAAGAAGAUUAAAUUAAGAAAGAAAAAGAAGAGAAGACGCGCAUUAUUUCGUUUACAUUUUUUAAUUUAUGCUUUUUAUAUUACUUUAUUUGAUAUAAUUUGUUACAUAUUUUUUAUUGAUUCUUAUAUCGAUCGAAAUCUAAUUUGAUUUUCCUGGAACAGCGGAACGUUUUUUUUUUUUCCACAGUUUCAAGAAUCAUGUAAUCAAAAGAUUGUUUUCUAAUUAUACAUUUUUCAAAGUUGUUUAUUUCUGUUACGUUACAUCGUAUUAUUAUUUAAUUUAACAUUGAAAAUCUAUUAUAUCCGGUGUCACUUGCUGUUAUUACGCGUAGCUUGUAAUACAGCGACAGAAGCGGUCUUAAACUUCUGACUGAUAGUACAUGCGUAUCGAUGGUUACUUUCCGUCUGUUACCCGUAUGCUCUCGAAUUGGAAUUAAUUAUUUAUUGAACGUAAAUCAAGUGCAAUUCCGCUCAUGGAAAGCGGUCAAUUGCGUUAUUUUAUUGUUUCAUCCAUUGUCAUGUAACGGUUUGCCUUCGGUGCCCAUUAAAAUAUCGUUGCACAGAACAGAACAGUCGCAACGUUUUUGCUUGCAGCGUAGUGUAUUUUAUUAAGAUUCUACGCAGGAAGUGAAUCGGAUCGAAUAAGACAACUUAUCUAAUCGCUAUUUUAAAUAUCUCGAGUGAAUUAUAAUGAUCGGAAUCGUGGCAGUUCAUUUUUGAUACGUUUCUGUAUCUAUGAUCGUAGCGUUCUUAGUGGCCUGGCUUCUAACUUAGGAUAAUGUAAUCAGUACGAUUAGGAUUGGAUAAUUUUAUGUCUCUUAGUCUUCGAUUGGUAUCGUUGAGUUGUAGAUAAUCCACAGUAAGGUAGAUUAAUUUUAGGAUACUUUAUUUUAAUUUGUAUUUUGUAUUUUAUGUGAUAAAGAUAAUCAGCGAUCGAACUAGCAUUCGAUCGAUGAUCGAAGUAUGAUACAAAUUAAAACGAAAUAUCCUAAAAUUUUGUAUAAAUGUGACGGUAACGUGGCCAUUUCUCACGCAAUGGUUCCAGUUCAGGGUUUAAAAACCUACAUCAAUCGAAAUAACAAACGGAUAUUUUCAAAUAAUUUCAUUUCGUAGCAAAUUAAUUCUGAGAAUAGAUUCUUCUGUGUUAUCUGUGUUAUUUUACGAAUGUUCAUCUUCUCAUAUAAUAUUACUUUGUUAUCGUUAUUUCUUUGGAAAGGUAAUAUCCGAAUCACCGUGGUGAACGGAUUUCGGAUAUUCACGGUGACUUUGCAUCUCAAAAAUAGCUACCCAACGUCUUUAUAGCCAGUAGCGCAGUGUCCUAUGGGUAUCCAAAAUUAAAACAAGGUUUGACCUGUUUCAUCGAUCUGCUUUUAUGUUAGAAUAUCCAAGCGGCACAGCAAUUAUUAUUUUCUCGAAAUCCUAUCUCAUAUUUAACUUCGUCCAGUCGAAUAACGAUAUACCGACUUUUAUCAAUUUUUCUCAAUACGAUUUAUACACGAUGUUAAUGAGUAAAAGAAUCAGCUUAUCCGUCAGUUAGUAUCUUCGAAGCUAUUUGUUUUUACAUAAAAUAACGAACGAUUUCAAAGUUUAGUAUGAAAUAACGUUCGAAUCGAAGCAUAAGAGAAAUUUGACAGAACACGUGUCAGUGAAAUACUUAUAAAUGUAAAAAUACUUACCAAUGAACUGUUCACCGAUACUUUUGUAUUUUUAUAUUUCACCAUAACGGUAGUAUUGGUAAAAGCAAAUCUCUUUGAAGAGCUUGGGGGAAUAUUGGCAUGAAAUAUCAGGUUUGGUCGAGACGGUGCAGUUUCGAAUUAAUAAAUUCAAUAUUCAUGAAACGGACACACACACACACACACACACAUAUACACACACUCUCUCUCUCUUAGCCGGCACAUUGGUUCUUCCCUCUUCGUGUAACAGACAAACUGUUGCGACGUUUUAAUAAGAGAAUCAACGAAGAAGGAAGGGGGAUAGAGGUUAAGAGAGUACUCGAUAAUAUUGAACUGCUACGAUAGAACGUCGGCGAAUAUAUGGACUUGGAAAUUUUCCCAUCAUCGUAGUUUUAUCAACUAGCGAACUCAACGGUAAUUGAUAUUACCUUUGUCCUUUCUUCGAAAAUCGAUGUGUUUGUCUUGCGCUCUAUAGGUUGUUAAAUCUACCGAAUAAUAACUGGUGCAAUAGUAAUUUAUAUAUAUGAGAUAUUAGGACGCGUCUAUCUGCGUAUCUUUUGCCUGGCUAUUCUGCCGCGCGUUCGUCUUUAAAAUUCCAACUUUCUUACGGUUUAUCAUGUUCUCGUGAAUUUCCAGGCGUACUUUCCUUACGUAAUACAAUAGGAUAUCUUCGUUUGCAUCGUUACGUGUUUUAUCGAUUUAUAUUUUAUAUCGACGUACCGUCGAUAAUUAUAUCAAAAUAUUUCUACGAUGAAAGAUACGACGAUGAUCCUCGAAGGUUACUUUCUGCUCGUAAGAGUCGCUAUCAGAAACGUUUAAUAUUCACGUUCAUAUUUUUAUAUGAAACAUCGACACUGCGAGAUUGUUGUGCGCACAAGUGAAGUUCGAUAAAGUAGUUGAGUAAAUUCCGUUAUAAUGUGCAAACUAAUUCUACGUAGAACGAAGAAAGAUCACUAUUUGGAAUAAAAAAAGGGAGAAGCGCAGAGGGGAAAGCAACGAAAGAGAACGAUGAUCUUAAAGAGCGAAGCAUGUACCACAUGGAACGUCUAUGACAACCACGCUCGUAAAAGUUACGAUUGGGCUAUUAACGAUCAAUUUAGUUUGAGACAAGGCGAGCGUGGUAGUAGUUACGCGGUGUGCCAUUCUUCGGAAAUAACUUGCAGUGUAUAAAGGUUUCUUUAAAAUCUACGUGCUCGCAGAUUAUUUUCAUAUCGGGCUUUGUAAACCGUGCGCGGUAUUGAUUUAUCGAUCAAAAUUCCGUUUCGUAUUUAUUGCUGUAAUAUCCGUUUUACAUUAACGGCGAUGUCUGGUCGAUUCUUUGUUUGCAUAUUGUAAUUUUAGAUAGGGAACACGUAAUCACGUUUUUUGUUAAUCAGCGUAGGGAACAUUUUUACGAAUUCUGCAGAGUUCGCGAUAGAUAAUUGAAAAUCAUUGUUGUUUGUGUAGUGGAACAGUCGGACAGAAUACGUAAAACUGCGCGGUAGUUCGCAUCGAUUUUUUAAAAUCGCAAAAUGACGUUCGAGUUGUUCGAUCGGCAUUGAAAAUUUCGUUCGGCUCUUCGAUCCGCUUAAAUUUGUGAAAUUCAACGAGUCGUUUAAAAAAAGUUGUCCGAUGUUACGCCAAGUUUUAUUAGCGACAAACGUCGAGUAUUUUAUAAUUCUUCGAAGUAAAACGUUCGAUUAUUCGUAGCAUAGAAAUUCUGAUCGGAAGACGAAGAGCGAAGUUGUGGAAUGAAACACUUUGAAAGAAGCCAGCUUUAAUGAAAUGCAUUCUUUUUUUCCCUUUUUUCUUCUCUUCUUUUCAGAUCUUUAAUUUUCCUCUCCACGUUUCCAACGAUUUACGCGUUUCUUUGUCGCUUAAUAUCGAAAGUUGUUCAUCGUUCGUUAUCGUUGGUAUUCUGGUAUUUUAUUUUAUCUUUGGCGGUCGAUUGUCGCAGUAUUGCGUCACAGAGAAUCGUAAUGUAAUACAAAGAAUCGCAGAAAUACGCUUGUACCAUUUAUACUUCUCACGUAUAAUUCCAGGCUGCUUUGUUUUAAAGCGAACGCGUCGUUUCGCCUCUUUCGUUUCUCGGUACUUAUCGUCGGAUAAAUGAUGGAAAUUAAGGAAUUCGAAGGCAAUGGAAGUGUCUAGCGUGGUAAUUACGAUCGAUGAAAUGAAAAUUCAGAGGCCUAAAUUGCUCUCGCGGAGUGCGGUUCAAUUUGAUUUGAAUCUGAUAAAAAGGUUUCGUCUCUUUUCGGUUGUUUCGCCUACAACGCGAAACUCAUUCGGCAUUGUAACAGAUAGCGAUUGCGACAUCACGGUUAUGCUUCGUUCGUUGGAAUAUUCACAGUGCACGUCGUAAUGCACAGAACGUCUCGAUAGGUCUAUAAUUGCGGGAUCAAAGGAAAUUAAAAUUACGUCGGAUCUUGAAUUUACUUUGCUAUUUAACGAAACAUCGAACCCUCUUCUCUAUUAAAAUCUUUAUUCGAGAAUUUCUCUUAUACGUUCGUUUGUUUUACCGGAUUAGAUCGGAAGUCCUGCCGAUGUAAUUCCGUUUUAAUGGAAAUAGAUUUGUAAAUAAAAGUCUAUCGACGUUCUUCUAUCAUUGGAAAUCUAUUAAAGUUGCUCGAUUCGUAGAAAUCUAUGGAGCGUUCACGCGUUCUAGAGGGAUAGUUAUAGGAAAAAGCAGCGAAACUUUCGCAUCGAUACGAUCCGUCGCUCAUUUUCGAUCUCUUGAAAUUGAAAUUCGUAAGAGUUUCCGAGCUCCAACUAAUUUUACCGUAUGCAAUUCGAAACUACGUUAUUUCCUUUUAUCCCGGGAAUUACGCGAUGAAAUCCACUUUCCACCGACCCAGGCAAUGCCAUUCCGAGUGUAGGAUCGUGUCUUUUUUAUAUCAAGUACAAGAUUAUUUGAUCCGGCUUGAGAAGUAAUUCCGACUUAUUCGAUCAGCAAGGUUAUCAAGCGCGCAAAGAAGGACUAUCCGUAGUAAAUUAAUCGUCGGUCCUCUCAGCCGACGUUCCUCAUCUGUGGCUGUGCUCACGAUAGUGUUUCUGCUUCUCGGAUGUUAUCGUCGCUCGUCUUGAUAUGUAGAUAGUCGCUAUCGACGCUUUCGACGCGAAUAAACCGCGUUAUCUCAUGCUGAUACCAGUGAUGCUCGUUAGCGAGCGAGGCUUCGAUCCGCUUCCUAGUUGCACAAGGGUUACGCGUACCAGGUUAUUUACAUUGCGCGUCUCCCGGUUUAUGGGACCAAACGUCCCCGUGACAUCCUCGCCGACAUCUCGAGGAACCGCAAUUUUCCACACACUCAGCCAAACUUCGUCUCCUUCCUGGCUCAUAGUUUCGUUCGACAAACUGAAAUUCGUCAAACUGAAAAUCCGUUAAUCGGCGUCGGAAGUAUCGCUUCGUCGAGGUGGCAGUUUCCACUCUUGGCCAAGUUCAUUCUCCAUGUUGACAUUUUGUCUAUCGAACGGACAGGCGUCGAAACUGACUACGCGACGAUGCAACCAGCCCGAAAGAAGAUAUCGUUCUCGAGAUUGCAUCGUAAAUUCCGAUCGAAUCGGAUUCCAGUUAUCGUCGAUUGAAUGCGAUCGGCAUCGACAGAAUGUCGAGAAGAUUUCAAAAGUUGUGAAAAAGUUAAAAUUCCAAGAGUUCCGCGGAAACUUGGGGGCUGCGUGUGAUCAGCGAGUGAUGUUGCACCGACUCUUGUGAACAUUAGAAGGAUAUCGGCCAGGUGUCUCUUAGAACGGAAACUCUUCUUUCGGUAAGCUUUGUGUUAAUUGGUAGCGCGUUCGAAGAACGAAGCUGAGAAUCCGCUUCUUCGUAUCGCGUAUCCUGAUCCGUUUCAUCGACAUUCCAUUUCUCAUUGACCGUGAAACACGGAGAUGACAGUUGAAACACUGACAGUUCGUUCCAUCCGUGCGCGUCAGGCGUUUCGUUAAUCGAUGAAUCACGCGACUUAUAGUUUUGGAAACACAUACACCAUCGCGUGCGAUAACGCGCUAAAACGCGACAUUCUAUCGAUGCAGAGAGAACGACGUUUUCUCCACGACCGUUGUAAACAUAGGGAACUAACGACCAAAACGAACGUCAGAUACAUGUUGAUAAAGUGGUGGGAUACGACGGUGAAACAUCGCCGUUCUAAAUGAGAUGACACGGUUACCGUUGAAUCUGAACACAGCUUUAGAAAUAUUCCUCUGUCUGAUGUGUGACGUAGAAAACUAGAAUCCAAGUACGUAAGAUUUUCAUGGGAUUUUCACGCGCUUGUGCGUCGUAGCAAUAUGGACUUUUUUUCGUCCACAGGAAUUUCCUUGGGGAAUAGUUUGAUCUGCUUCCUUAGUUCUUAUCGCGAUUGGGAUUUUCGAAGGAAUUACAUUCGUGAAUUUGAAGUAGUCUGGUCUAUAGUCACGCGUUUUUUUUUUUUUUUUUUUUUUUUUGCUUUACGAAAGCAUCUACUUUGGAGAAUUUAUCAUCGAGUUAUUGCAUCUUUAAAAAUCCACUUUGUACGCGUUUCAUCCUCGUAAUAAUCAAUAGAAUACAACGUAGCAAGUACAAUAUCAAACUUUUGAUUCUUAAAUGUACAAAUGCAUUCUGAUUUCAUCAGAUACGUAUUAGUUGGUGCCGAUAUUCGUAAAUACGACUUCAAACGACGACGUCUAUGUUUCAAUUCGUGAGUUCCUUCGAUUCCAUUCUAUUCCUAUCGUUGCUUAUCUCGCGUUUAUUUAGCUCGUCGUUGUCUGAUUGCGUAAUAGAUAAGCGUACGUCGUGUUGGGUAUCGUGGAACAUUUACGGGCGAACUUGCAAACACGAGGAAAUCAUCAUUUUUCUUGGAAAUAAUAUUUAGUUGGUCGAUUAGUAAUUAUCGCGCGAUAUAAUACACGUGUAAUUAUCGGAAAAUAUUCAGUCGCAUUUCCUUUUCGCCAAGUUGUAAACUCGCGCAAACGGGACAAAACCAAUUAGUUUUGAGAGUUUUUGCCAAACCAAGAUCUAAGAGAUGUAUUUGCUUUCGUUUCUUGUUCUAGAUACAUUUUUUUACUUGUAUCGAUUAAACGGAACACGAUCUUCGACUCUUCUAGUUUUUAUCGACGCAAGUGUGUCGCCGUCGCAGAUAUCACGGGAACGCGCUACCGAUAACGACCUCGUAAGGUGUAACGAUUUUCGAUCGGGCGACCAGAUAAGAUUGCGUUCGAGCAAGAAGCGUGUAAGGAACUGUUUUGAUUGCGAAUGUUCGACGCAAUUGUAACGUCGUUCUCCAUCUGUCGAACACUUCAUUGACGUAUCGCGUGAUUUUAGUAUGGCGAUGUAAGUGGAACAGCGAGGACGAUCUUCUAUCGGAAGGAAGGCGACUUCGAUUCAAAGCCAAGUACAUAGUUUUGUUGGAACGCAGUUCUCGACGUGAUCGAUCGGCGACAGAAGAACGAUAUCGCGAGUAUGGUCCCCUUCUCUUUCUCUCGUUUCCAUCCUCUACGAUCAGCCCCGAUAUUCCUAACGAUCGAGAAAUCGAGUUAGCAAAGUCUCGCACUUUUCUCGUCGAAUUAUUUCGCGCUGUUUGCCGUUCGUCCAGGAUCUCGGCAUUUGAAUUUGCUGUCUGUGGCAAAUAACGUAUCGCGUUUAGGCGUCUCGUUAAAUUAGGCAAAGGAACCGUUGAAGCGAAUGCAUGACAUUUUAUGUUUUAAAUAUAGCAUUCUUGUUACAGAAAUAAUGAUGGACAUUUUAUAAAGUAAAAGCGACAAACAUCAAUUCGAUGUUGGUCGACGAAAUAACGCGUCGUUGUAUUCAGGAAACUUUUUUCUAUUUUCUGAGAAACAGACAUAUCCGAUUUCUGUUAUUUUCGACCGUCACGGCUAGGUUUCGAAAAGUAUCAUCAGAUAACGUUUACGAUGGCGAAUUAACGAAACUUUGGAGACGUCAGUUCGUCAAUUUUUUUGUAUAAUUUAUGCGUUUUGUCGGAGUACGCUUAUGUCCGCGAGUACGUGUUUCGUGUGUCGCGUUUGCUGUGUAUAAGACAAAAUAAGCGUUUUUAUGUGCGAAAUAAAAGUAGGUGGGAGCCUUUUAUGCUUGUACAUAGGCAAAGUAGUCAGCCUUGGUGAAGUUCGUUGCUUUUCCGUACGCAAUGUCUCGACCUCUGAAGGCUACCUGCAUUCGUUAGGCGUUCAGCCGCCCGCAGAAUUUUUUUGUCGUCGCCAACGAACGAAGCCGUUUCGUUGGCCUCGUUAAUCUUCCCUUCCAAAUGUGGAGUCGAGGAAGGGCAGCUCGUUCGACAGUUGAUAUUUCUCGUCGACGUCUUUGUUCUCCUGCGUCGAAUAUGAAUGUAGAACGCGAAAGCGAUUGGAAUUUUAUCGUUACGAAUAUCGUGUGCAAUCGUCGUUGCAAUAUUCACGUUUACCUCCAUAAUUAGUCGUUGUUAAGUUUGAGUUUUCUAUAACUUGAUCUUCUUUUUACUUACAUUCGCGCUGUUUCCUUAAAUACGAUCUUUCAUACGUAUUUUAAGAAGAGAUACGAAUAUGUUGUGAAAAAUACAUUUUCAAUUUAUCUUCGACAUUUUACUCGUAGUAUCAUUUACACUCUCGUUACUUAUGCUAACUUACCUAUAUUAGCUUCAAUUACCUCUUCGUCUACAGUCAAAUCUAAUUCAACCGAUACCUAAUUCCCAUUUUAAAUUAGAACGAUCAAAGCGUUGCUCAGUAUUAUGUUUCCUUUUGAUAUACGGUGGCUAGGAAAAGUAUUUGCGCAUCCGAACGAGGCAUCUUUUAAUUACGCUUUGCGUUUUAUUUAUUUGUAUAAUAUGAAAUUUUCUUGAUCGUACGAAGGUAAUACUAAAUUCUAGCUAAUUUAAUAAAUAUAAAAUAUCGAUAUAAAUGUCACGAUAGAUUCAACGAUACGUGCAAAUAUCUUUUCGCAGUCGCUGCAUAUUUGAAACUUUUUCUAGUAAUAUUCAUGGCGAAUGGUUUUGUAUGAAACUAGAAGUAACAUAAGCGUUUAAAAUACGACAUUUAGAGUACCAUGUAUACUUAACAAGUUGGCCGCGAGUCUCUUUCAGACGACACUGUUAAAUGGAUUAAUACGUGGAAUAUCCUGAAAACGCAUUAGAACGGGAAAUUAUUAUUGAAGUUGCGACUAGAAUUAAAAUUAUUUUUCGUCCCAGAGCACAAUUAUCCAGCUAUACCUGGUCGUUAGAAAUAGAUUUUCCGAUCUAACGUCUCGAUCUGAAGUCGGAGCGUUAACUGUGUGCUUUAACUCGAGCAAUAGCUACGAUGUGCUGUCGUUAGUCUUUAUAAUUUUAUGCAUCGACCUCGUGUCUGGCCUCCAGAUGCGACACUCGGUAGCGAACGACCAUUGUAAUUAUUCGAUAUUAGCCCUGCUGCGUUUUAGUAUCGACACUUUGCAGUUUCUCGAGUCGUUUAACGAUAAAUCAAUUACCAUGAACCUCAAACGUUAGAGCAUGUAACGCCUCUUCGAAACCUUGACACGGUUCGUUUCUUACGUUCCGCUUUGUUAAUUAAUGUUCUUUACAUACAAAUAAUUUUUUUACGCGAAAUCUUUCCGAAAUAAUUUCGAAAAAUCGAAAAUCGCCCGAUUGGAAGCUGUGUGAUAAUCGCGUUCGUAUAGUUCGCUGGCUAUUAGUUCGAUGAACGUACAUGUACUUAAAUGCUUCGACUUUGCGAGGGUGUGUGCUCAACGCGAACCGAAAUGAUUCAUCGAGGCCCGCCUCCAAGUUGUACUUCACCAUGGCGCAUGUAUUUAGAAUUCGUACUAAAAUACGUACAUACCACGACGCAUUCGUACGAUUUUGUUCCGAGAGAAUAUAACGUUUCGUUGCUUCGUAUUUAUUACUCGCGAUCAGAUCGAACGAAGUAAAAAUAAUCGGGGAAAAUUCCAAUGAGAAAAAGUUAGAGUAAAGGACGGAUAAUACAAAUUUCUGCCAAAUUCCUCUUUGUCUCGGAGACAAGGAUAUAAAUUGAUUCUUUUAGCCUGAAUAUUUCUUAAAUGGCGAUAUUUCUCGUUAGGCCGACGAUCGAAGGUUCCAACGAAUCCGCGUACGAUACAAAAUUUUGGCUUAAUUUUACGGACUACGGUGUAUGCAUGGAUCGUCGAUUUAUUAAGAUUUCUUUCCAAAGACUCGUAUUCUUUUAUAGGUCUACGCUGUUUCAGCGACGAUAUCGAGAUUUCUAUAGCGAUCGGAGAUAGAUCGUAUCUGGUCAGUCUGGACAUAGUUGUUUGGGUGGGUAUUCGAUUAGACUUGCUGGUUAAUUCCUAUUUUAUUUGAACGGAAUUGGUAAACGAAAGACAGGAAAAUCGAACGAUAGCUUCUUGUCUGUCCGAUAUAAAACCGAAGAUUUAAUAAAUUCGUUGCGAACGUUUAGGUUUUGUUCGAACUUUGUCAAGUUCCUUCCAAGUUCUAGAUCUGCUAGCCAAAUAUAAGACGAGAUAAGAAAUUUCCAAGUGUUUUGUUGCAUCGCAGUGGCAUUAAAAACUCGUCCUUUUAUUUAUGUUUUCCUCGUUAUCCUUUAGGGUGCUCGUCUCUUUCCUGCAAAUGACACAUAACUGGAAACGUCGCGUACAAAGACAAUCGAGACUCUCGGGGAAACCUGAUGGAACCUCGUUCUCGACGAGAAUCCUAAUAUAUAUCAUAUAUAUAUAUAUAUAUAUAUAUAUAUAUAUAUAAAACGUAGAUUUAAUUCAGUUCGUCGAAGCGGAGAAGUAAUCGUCGUCGAUUUUUCAUCUGAAUUUUCUCCGGAUCUUCUUUAUUUGGAAAGGAAAGAACGAUCUGGUUGUUCUCGAUAGACGGUUUCGGUUUAACGCGUACAAUAUUUUUAGCCAUUUCUUCGACGAGUCCUUACGUUCAUUUUUCCUCAUCAACGUUUCAACUCUUAAUUAGCGUUAGAUAACUAGGUUUUCGCUAGGUAAUACGUGGAAUAUUUGUAACGUUAACUUAUCGAAUCUCGCAUCGAGUUACGUACGUAAUUACGACUUGAAAAAUACGUAAAUAGAUAGAAGAAGUCGUUCGUAAGAUCGAUUUAGACCAAACAUAAUAUUUAUCGGUACUCCACGUGAGCACACGAGCUGUUGCUUGUAACAAAAAUCUCGUUAUCAUCGAGUGGAGAAUCUCAGGUGUCAGGACAGGGACAGGACGGUCCUUCUACCGCAUUCAUCCAAUUUACUUUUCUAUGCUCUUGUACAUGUAAUACACGCAUACAUACGUAUACUUAUAUAAAUAUAAUACAUUAAAUAAGCGUACGUAACACUAAAACGAGAAGAAAAUUCUAUUAUAUCGCCCCUAUUUCUAGUCGUGACGGGAUAUUAAGGAUCGAAGCGAACAUUGUGAACCUCGAAUAGAUGUAACGCGUAUCUAAUAGGAAAUUACGUACCUCGGAGAGAAUUACACACCGUCCAACACCUUCCGAGUCGUACAAAAUGAAUUAACGAAUUAAUACGAUGGAUUAAGACAGGAAAGAAAAGAAAUUACGGAAUACCGAGCGGCUGAGAAACGAUAGUUUUCCGCGUUACGAUUCUUACCGCGUAACCGAACAAGCCGCGCUUUUCUUUGAACAACGGCGACUUAUUAAUUCAAUUUACCAAUGACGUUCGUUUUGCGAAUUAAAGUUACUUAAAAAAUUUACCAGAAUCUCAAAGGCAACAGCGUUGGUUCGUCCUUACGUUGCUCGAUAACGGGUAACAGAUAUUAUUUAUUCUACGGCAAUUUCAUUACGUACCAAUUUAUGUCUCUUCGAGGUAUUUACUCGCGAUAACGAGAUAGAUAGGUACGAACGGGAGGGUAUACUUUUGUCGUGCGUCGUUGGCAAUCGAAUUUCGAAGAUGGAUGCGAACGACGAUAAUUGGCGUUGUGCGUGUUUUCUUGGUAAAAGUAAACGAGUGUUCACGGUCGUGUAAAUAAUUCAAACGGCCGUCCGAAAUAUCUAUGUCUGUGUAGAAAUGGAAUACGCGUGUACAGAGUGAAAGAUGCUUUUACCUACGAACAGCUUCUCUUAUCGUUCGAUCGCAGUUAUUCGUCGUUGCAGACUUUUCCUCUUCAUCGAUAACGUGCACCGAAUACGCGACUCGAUCGUUAACAGAUACGAUGACGUAACCAGAAGAUCAAAUUUCUUCGAUAAUUUUUGCGUUAUCCAACGACGUAGUUUUAUAAAGCGGGUACUGUCACACGCCGUUGAAAACAUAUUUCAAGAAGUCAGUCGUUCGAUUAAUCCUCGUCCGUCCGCUCGUUUUCUCCGCUUAAUGUUCGUACUUUGGUGUUAAGUCAGAGCAGACAAUGAUAAAACGUCGAUAUAACGAAAAUCAAUGUAACGACCGAGUCGAGUUUGCAAAUUCUCUUACCGUAGAUGAGAGGGAUGUACGAGGAUUAACGAUCAACGAUAUUUCUGCGAAAGAGUAUCUCUUAACGACGUUCGAAGAAACAAGGUUAUUCCAACAGUUGCUAAGAUGUAAUAUCGGAGAGAUCGUCGUUUGAGAACUGCAGCAUCGUAUUUUCGAACGGACCGAGCGUCGUUCGAUCGUGUAGCUCGCGUUAAUUAACUGUUUCGCCGAAAAUUAAUUGGCAACGUUCGACGAAAAUUAAUUAACUCGUAUCUGCAAUAUCAUCUGGUUGUGUCGUUGCACGCAUAUCGAAUGCUUACUCGCUCGCACGCGUCCAAUUUCUCCUUUCUAGCUUCCUACGUAUGUUGCCUCGUAGAUGAGAUAUACGUAUGCAGUUGGAAAGAAUAAUCCAGAGGCUGGACAAGUUUCGACUUGUCCGGAGCAUUCGACAGGGAGAGAGCUAUACAAGCAGGCGAUACGAUGAACACGAGUCGUGGCUCGUGACGCGUCAAGGCUGAGUCGCAUGAUUUUUUUCCCUCUUACGGCAUUUCUCUGUUAAACGUGCAAUUUGUCUACUCGUCGUAAAUGAAAACCGAUUCUCUCCGUGAUUCGACCAUUCUUUUUCAUAAUCUGUCUCUGUCGUCGUCCGUGUAGUCGACACGCGUUUAAAAUUAAUUGCGAAGAAAACGGUGUGGGAGGGGGAGGGAAGAAAAAAUAAAAACUCGGAGACGAAGGAAAGAGGAAGAAAAUCGGACCGUUCAGCCUCAGCCCGAAAAUAGAUGCAACGUACAGCGAUAGCGAAAUCUAGCAAAACGUGGCAGCAGAUAGCCGCGCUUGUAUUGAUUUUCCGCAGUCACGAGUAAAGUACACACACGUACGAAAGAGUGUCGUUCGCCCGCUUCGCCGGGAAAUUCGCAGACCGAUGAUACGUUAUCGAUAAUUUGGAAAUUUGUACCGGCGAAUCUAGACGCGGCUCGCCCGCGAUAAUUUCGGAGAUUCCGCGUACGCUGCCGGCCCGUUUCCGGUACGGCGAUUUUCCGAGAUCCGGGCGCGUGGCGACCGGUAAAUUCAGGAAAUCAUGCUUCAUCGAUUGUCGACGACGACAACAACGAUAACGGCAACGGCGCAACGUCGAACGGGAGCGUGUCGCGUGUUUCCGAUCGAUCGACGAUUUCACGAGUCGUUGCCGGAAGUUCGACGUGGCAAUCUCGACGCUGUCGUGUGUGGCGAAAGAGCGGAGCCCGUGAAUUCUCCGGGUACUUUUGUCGUUGGUAACCUCGAAACGUUGGCCAGAUUAAACACGACAGUUUCGAGAUUUGCCCGGUUGGCCCGUGCAAUUAGGGCUAUUAUUAGGGUAUUUCGUAGGAUUAGCCAGUGACGUUCGAAUUGCUGUCGAUGGUUGACCAGUGGAAAUUCGGUUCGAUAAUCCCCUUGUAAUAUCGAUGGCGAAUUUCGAGGCGAAAUCGGAAUUCGAAAGCGUUGUCAGGCACGCGAGUGUCGUUGCCGAUCUUUGCCGCGAAAGCUUGACGCCGCGUGCCACACGUUUCCGGUUCGUGUAGAUAUCGAGAAAACGCUUUACGCUGAGAAAACGUUAUUUUCACGGGUCGGCUUUCAACCGACCCUGCUGCCGCGUUUAUCACAGGCGCAUCAAUCAAAUCUCCACGUACCUUUUUCUUAUAAUAAGUAGGCUCAAAAUGAUUUCGCGUAGCGAUAGCAACGCGAGUCUCUUUCUUACGUAUCGAUGGCCGUGCAGAGAUUUAAUCCGUGCAUGGAACUGAACGUAAGCACCAUGAUCGAUAUAUAUACUUAGGUAUACUGCGUCGAAAACUAAACCACGAUUGUCAAAGAUAAAAAAAAAAGGAAAAAAAAAAGAACAAUGGAAAUACUAGCUUGUUCGUUAAUAUAUUGUUGCGUCAAAAAGUACGUACUUGUGAAGUAAUUUAUGUGUACCGCGAUAAUGGGUGACGCGAUAAAAGUUCUUGCGAGUAUAGAAAAUUCGAAUGAAAAAGAGGAAUGAAAUUUAAGGGCGGGAGGGACAGGAGGGAGGGGAAGAAAUCAGUAUCAUCGCUAUUUUGCAUCAGGAGUAUUGUAAAACGGGGAAUUUUCCUCGCCUUGUGAUCAUUUAUGUUUGUAAAUUGUAGCCGACAUACGAUUCCUAUAAUACGAUGUAUAUGUACUCUAGACACUUCGAGAAACGGACUUGUAUUAUUUUAUUCUUAGCACUCGAUAAUGAGUUACGAAGUUUCGUUGGUGAAUAUACUAAUCUCAUUUUUGUAAAUAUUAAUUUAAAAAGAAAUAAAUCUUAUUGUAAAGAUUGUAUAAUUUAAACCAUCGUUACGUUUUUACCGAUUUCUCUCAGUCAAUCGUUACUGCACGUAUUCCUCCGAUCCUCCCUCUCCGUUGCGCUUUUCAUUUUCUUUCCUUUUCUUUUCUAUUCUUUUCUUUUCUAUUCUAUUCUAUUCCCCUUCGUUCGUCCAUGCUGCAUGAAAUAUCUUUCCUCCUCCUCCUCUUUCAUGGAAGCACAUAACAAAUUUGGCAAUUCGUAUUGACAAUGGCGCGUCUUUACCGUACACUGUUAGUACGCUUUUCAUUUUGUAAGUAGCGGCGGAACUUUCACGGUAUCGUAUUAUUUCGAUCAAUACGUAACGGAACGUCUCUCUUUCUCUUUUUAGUUUAAGCACUUUUUAUCUGCAGGGAAGAAAAAAGUGAAAAAUGCGUGCAGUGUUUAGAAUUUAUUUGUGCGAUUACGUUUCAUCGUGCGACAACGUUUCCGAUCCUGUAAUCGACGAACGCAUUCUAACGAAACAUUGUUACUGUUGCUCGGACAACGAUAAUAGGUGUUACGCAUCUUAAAAUCGAAGAAGUUAUUGUUGAACGUUUCUUUCGACAAAUAUAAAGGAAGCGGAUACGUUGAAACGUUUGUCAGUUUAAAGAUAAAAUAAUUUUUAUCCGAUACAGAUGACUUAUGUGAUUACAUUACUGUCUUAUAAAUGUGAUACUUGAUGACUAAAGAAAAAUAUUUGCGGCAAGAAUAUAUUAUAUUCAAGAGUAUUAACUAUAGUAUUCUUUUUGUUAAUAGUUUACAAGUUUCCUGUAUUCCGAUUAAAAUUAGUCCAAUAGAAUUGGUCUUUUCUUUCUUUCUUUUUUUUUUUUUUAUCAAAUAUAUUUGAUAUUUCUACGUUGUACUAUGCGAAUAAAAUGUGACAUAUUUAUUAAAAGGAAUAAAAAGUUUCGAAGCAUAAAUCGAGUCGUAAGAAACGUAAUUUGCGCGAUAUAUUAAUCUCUGAUUUUUCUUCCAAUAUAUUAUCUUUUUUCGCCAUUUAGAAGUGGAUAAUAUUUCCUUACCAAUUUUAGAAGCCAUUUUAGUAGAACUUUGCUACGAUAUUUCAAAUAAUUUCUUUUUUAUAAUUUCCUUUCGUUUAUAUGCGUCUAACGCGUUUAUUACGUAUUAAUAAAUUUAAUCAUUAUGAAAUUCGAAUAAUAACACGGACAAAGAAAUUGCGAAACAACGGUAUUAUCGAAUUAAACAGAAUUCGUACAUCUAUCAAGGUUCGUAAGUGUUUUAAAUCAUUAUAUUCCAUCGCGUGUUUCCUUCAGCUCAAUGCUACGAGUUACAUGUGCACUCAUAAAAUAGGAACAAAUGCAUCGUCUUAUAUAAUACACGUAACACCGUUAUUUUCAGUAACUGCAGAUACCAAGCCAUCGUUAACUCUCAAUAACCGUGUACGGUUCUAGGUUUCUUCCCUUUUACAUUUCCAAAGACUCGAUCCUUCACGGUUUAUAUACAUCUUCUUCCCUAACCGUUAAGGCCGAAGACUUUUAUUAUAAGUGAAAAUUCAUCGCAGCACGUGCUUUUUAAUUUCAAAGGAAAUGGGAUUAAACGUUCUAUCGUUACUCGAUACUACACGACGAUAACAUUAAAAUAAAAAUCGCGUGGCGUGAAAUUUCGCUCGUGAUAGGCGCUAAAUUUCUCUGAAAGAUAUUCUAGAAACGUUCAUUUACAAAUAUGUUCGCUCGUGCGAUUUACGAAUGAUCAACAACGAUCAUCGUACUCGCGCUAACAUCGGUAGAUUGCGGUCGUGCGGUUACGCUAUCGAUAUCGGAUGCUCAGUCUUGGCUUUCCGUCAUCUGUAUCUGUAUCGAGAUUGAACAGGAUACGUGGAACAAAACAGUGGUUUCCAAAGUGCUAAUCGGAUCCUUCGGGAACGGUCUAAUUCCUUGGACACGAUUCGGAUCGACGGUCGUAUUUAGUUGUAAAGUAGGAACUUGUGGUUGUAGGUGAUGUAGUUUUGAAAUUUUUUAACGUUUCGCCAGCAUUGCGGUUGUUUUCAAUGGAUCUGAGAACUUUGGCAUUGGUCCUGGCGUUAUACGAUAAAACUGUCUUGCGAUGCUGGCGAAACAUUGAAACGUUCUUUGGGAAAAAACAUGGAUUACAGGAAAGAUAUAAAUUAUGAAAAGUUGGGUCGUGGAAGCUUGAAAGUUAGGUAGAAGUCACGUAAAAUUUUCGUUACUUCGUUUAUAUACAUAUAAAUAGAAUAAUAAAGCUAUAUGUAUCGAUUAUGCAAAAGCUACGUUACAUAAGUUGAUAAAGUUUUGUAGAAAAGUUUUGCAGAAAUCUCUUAGGUUUAGUACGUCGUACUAGAUCGCUCGUUUGCCAUUUCUUUGCCGGUUUUGUUGAUUAAAAUUACUUUGAUCGAAUAUAAAGGUUGCAACAAAAGAUAUUAAAAAUACGGAAUCUGUCGAAACGAAAUAACGUUGCAUCGUUAAAUUUAGUCGAUUAUUAACAGCGGAUAAUGCGAAUAAAACGCAUUCCGUUCAAUAUAAGUGAAUUUUCUAAAUUACUGUAUCUUUCAAUCAAUUUUUUCAUCCGAGUUGUAGGACAAAUUUCUUUUCUCAUGGAUGCACGAAAGUUAGUAGGAUAAAGUACCAUGUACGUUCAUUGCAGUUGUAUUAUUGGCACGAGUUCGAACGAUUACAAAUUGCCCGGUACAUUCUUAUCGUGGACAAAUUUACGAGCUGUAAUGUUGCAACCGUAGUCGACUCGAAACUGUACAUUACCAUGCAUCGGUACUUGGGUAACUGAUGCAAUUUGAUCAAGUGUUUGAUAUUUUCGUUACAGUUUCGAAGAACGAUCGCAGAACAUUUUCCUAUUAUUCAUUCACUACCUCCUCUUGUCCUAAUUGGGAUCGCAUUCCCUGCUAAAUUUUAACUAAAGUACGGAAUAUAUCCGCAUUAUCGAAUUUACAAUGUAAUUAUAAAACACACAGGUACUUUGGUCGAUCUAGGAUCCUAACAUUAAACAGAUACGUUUAAAGUUACCUAACUGACGCAGCGUAAAUUACCCUAUACUAAUUACAUGUACAUUGUUGGCUGUACGAUCAGAGACUACAGAAUUAGACGAAAAAGUUUCGUUCGAAAUACAUUUUCCACGUUUGCGGUAAUUUAUCAGUGUCUAAAUAUUUAUGGAUGGUAGUGUACAUGGAGCAACACGAUAUGAACAUUGUGCUUUACCGUGUCGUAGCUUCGAAUUGACGGCGUCGGUGUAUUAGAGCGGUAUAACGAUGACUGCUGGUGCCGGACGAUAAAUUUUAGAAAAUCCUCGAAAUAGAAUGGCGGACGAGAGGAGUGGCUCCCUGUGAAAAAGCCAGCGGCACGACCUUGGCUCAUCUAUAGAUUGUUGCUGCGUCUAAAUUCGUACCACUCCCGUGUGCACGAACAAUCAUAAUGUUUCCGCAACGAUACAUCGUCCACCGAUGCUCCGAAAGUAUAAAGAACGUUAGACGAGUGACUUUCCUCGUGUCACGAAAUCAUUCUUGCGUCGUACUCCUGUUAAUUCGUUUUUUAGAUACAACAAUGAACAUCCAUCCGAUGUUCGAUCUUUCGCCAUACCGAAACCCGAAACUUCAUAGUUACUUACGUUCGCCUCGUUUUCGUCUAAUUAUUUUUAUCCUUCCUAUCUACGAUAAUAAUUCUUUGGCAACCGAACCGAUCUUCGCUUGAAAAUUUCUCUGUGCGACUGUGUAACUCAUUGGCAAAAUACCGUCGAUCCGCGUUAUUCGCUUGGCCACGGAGCAACAGCGAGAUGAUUUCCUUCGGACGAACAACGAUACUUUGCUUCUCAUCGAUUGCUUUUAUUUGAUGGAUAUUUUUGAAGUGUACAACUAUCUAAUUAGACGACUCGAUACGACAAUUCUAACGAACGUCAACCGACAUAGACAGCCAGAUAUCUUUGUCGGAAAAGAACCAUCCGAUUUUCCUCUGUCCAAGUAUAAAAUCGCAGGUAAUAUAAAGGAAAUCUUAAAGCCAUAAAUCUUGCUGCCUGUUAGCGUGUGACUAAAGCGUUCGCGAAUUGCACAGAGUGUGUUAUUGCUUAGAAAGCGACGGUAUCGAGUUUCUUCGGCGAGAACCGCGAUGUUGUAGGAGAACCGCGGUGAGUCAGCUAGGUGAUUAACAAUUGAUCGCGAUACGUAUUUCAUUCGCCAUGGAAACGUAUAUUUACGUCUGUUCGCUUGGCUAAUAAAGAGCAGGGCGAUCUGAAAAAACGCGGUGUUCGUAAGACGGAUCGUGCUUGGAAAGGUUAAAAGGCCGCGUUUCCCGUGGCUGUUAUCUCGCUGACGGGCGUCAGAUGGUGGAUCUGUCUAGUUCACAGAUGUCACGGUGACUCGUGUUAUCGUGUGAAUUAUCUCUGAAUUUUUGCAUAAUAUUAGCGCGAUGAUUCAUGCGUGUCGAAUCGAAUAAAACUGUUUCCUCCUCGAAGAAGAAGAAGAAGAAGAAGAAGAAGAAGAAGAAGAAGAAGAAGGAGACGAAGAAACGCCCGACGGAAAUUAUUUAUCGAUAGUUGUCAAAUUAUUUCUUUUUUUUACGAACCAUUUUCCCGUUAUGCUUUCAUCGACGUUCGUUAUGAUAGCAACGUUUCGUCAGAGGAUGUUUCAAAGGAAGAUGUUUAUUAGGCGUCGAAUAUACCUAAUCGUUGUUCGAUCGGAAAGUAAAAAGACAAUGAGAAUGCCGAGGCGAUGAUCUGUUCGGUAUCUGGUCCGAAAAGUUUCGCUCGGAAAUAUCACGAAUUUUCUCACAGGUGGAUCGAUCGCAAGCAAGAUAAACGCGAGGAUGAACUUGGCUACGACCAAACUUCAACGGUUUAUACGUGUAGGCUGUUCGUAAGAAAGAAAAAGUUACGCUAAUUAACGGCAAGUUGAAAUCUGAAAAUAUGCUUUGCUGGAGAACACGGCACGUAAUCUCGUAUCGGCUUGGAUACAAAGGAAAUUAAUUUCGCUACGUGUAUAAUCGACGCGAAGGAAACAGCGUUCUAUUGGUUCGUGUAAUUUGUUAGCAUCGCGACCAUUCACGGUUCGCGUAUAUAGUUUCUAACGUUAUAGUGAGGCACACAGUCUGUGGAAGACAAGUUCACUGAUUGAAACGGAAGAAGAUUUACGGCAUUCCAUCAACGGUUAAUCGAACGAUAUUAAUUCGCAGUCUACUUGUUACGCUGUUAGAUCGUAGGAGAUCGAGACUAGAGCUGCGUGGGUCCAAAGUACGUUAAUAGGUAACACCGAUCAGCUGGAAAUCUUUAUUAAUAGCUGUGUCUCGCUAACGAACCUAUCGUGGCGCUCCUUCGCGUACGAUCGACGUGAAAAUUUUCGUACUUCCCAAGAUAGCUUGUUUCAGAUACAAGGCGCGCAGCGUUUCUACUGUCGCGUGUGAAGUCGGUACUUCUUGUUAUUUUUAGCGUGUCUCCAUCGUGCAAGUUUCUAUUUUCAACACAAAGUGGUUCCUUACCGUCGUUUAUCUCUACAUAUGCGUUAAGUUAGAAUAAUAAGCUACGCAUAUAUUUUACGAUUACCACGAGAACAAGCGGAUGUGCUCGACGAGGGUACGGUAUCGCGUGCUGUGCUAACUCGUCGAUUGAACGCGUCGACCAACAAGUUAAAUUCAACAAAUAAAUUAAACCAUAUCUGCCCGCCUCCCAUCCCUCAGGAAUAAGUUUCUUCUUCGACGAUGCGUAAAAAUGCGAAUGGUUGAUUAAGUAUUUCGUUGGGUAUCGUUGGUGACGGGUUGUAAAUUCGUCCGACGCUUAUACAGCGACGAACAUCGAUACACCGUCUUUCUUUAUCUUUGUUGAAUCAUGUACAGACGUCGGUGAAUUGUAGGAACAAUUUAUACACGACUUUGAUCUUUUAUUUGUUUGUUUGAAAAGUUCAUAGCGUUUUUUCACGAUCAGUGUUAAUCUUCUCAACGUCUUAAAUUCGUUGAAACUAAUUUUUGGUAGCACGAGAGAAACAUAUGCACGAAUAUUUACAUAAUUUCUACAUGUGACACGUAUAAGUAAAAAUAGAAAUAGAGAUAACUCGAUGUUCUAUAGAACGCGUACAUAUGCUUUUUUUAGCAAAUGUAAUACCUUCUGUGUAAAGGAAGGAUUAAGUUCUGAUACGUAUCUGGCGUUUCGCUGAAAUAUAUAGCGAAAUGUUGAAUUCACGCUGGUCGAACAUUACAUACACAAAUUAAAGAGAAAAGUGUUUUCUCCUCUCCUACUGUAAAAUUUUUCUGAAACUUCGCUACGAACUGUUCGAACAAUCCCCAUAUGUAUUUGUUUAUCCUAACGCAAAAGCGUUGUAUAUUUUCCUCACGUAGUAAUACGUUUCAAAUUCAAAGAUAGCCAAAGCUGAGAGAUAACAUCGACAAAUGCUUCCAUUCUUUUUGGAACGAAAAAUUUUACAUCUGUAAGCACCAGUUGUUGCAAAUUCUAUUAAUUUCAUGGACAUGGAUUGUCGCGUAUCUGCUGUUUCCCGAAUUGGUUCCAUUUUGAGCGAAAACCACGUGCAACGUUAACCAACCAACCUUUAACCGACAAUUUUGCAGCUUGAUUGGAACUUUAUAUUCGCAAAAUUUUUGCACGAAAUCUUGAAACACGUCGAUUCUCGCAUUGCUUAGAAAAUUUCAUGUUCGAACGUUUAAGGGGUUGAUGAUAUAUUAAACUUUAUGUAGGCAUUCGGGUUACUGCGAAUUGUUUAAUAAGGUUCAGGUGUAAUAUAGAUGUAUAGUCGGUUUAUUUUGUUAAUGCGUUUUUCAACAACGGGCGGAUUUGUAGCGAUAGAAUACAGAAAGAAGGAAUCAGAAAUGUAUUAAAACGUAAUUGUUACGUUUUACGGAUAAAAUGCUUCUGAGAAGUGGACAAUGUUUGCCGAGUUUAUAGCGAUUGUGGCGGAAGUGUAAAACUAACGUAAAAUGUAACGAUAAAUGUUAUGCGUGAAUAUUUGAUACGUAAUUCAUAGUUUAAUUAGAAAGCUUUAAUUAAAAAUAGCAAAAAUAUUAAGUGGCACGAUUCGUUCCGAAAUUUUGAACAUUUGGAGAUAUUCUGUAUAUGUGGUUCAGAAUUGAACGUUACCGAAUAGCAUCGAGCAUAAUUCGACAAAGAUACAUUUUUCUCAAUCUCUACGAAAAUACAUAAUAACAAUACGUUCUAACAUUGGUCGAUGGAUCGUGAAAUUUUAUACAUUUACAGGAAACUUGAGGGCGUGAAAAUGCACAGAAUACAUACACAGAUUCGAUUAUUGCGUUUCUCUACGAUAGAAUCUAGACGCGAUUUUAGUUGGCUCUUCUCGCUUCAGUUUUGAACCACUUGGUCAAUUUCAUGUCAUUUUAACGUGCGUAAAACGGAUAAGGGGAAAGAACAAGGAACGUUAGGAAAUAAUUUUAUCGAAGAAGAUGAACUUUGAUGUUCUGGUCUGCCAAUAAAAAACAAGGUUCGGUAAAUUUAACUAUAUUGUUUAUGACGCGAUGUUUUUUUACCAGGAAUCGGUGAAAAUACGAAUAAAACGAUAAUCGUUCCACGUUAUGUCGAUGUUUCUCCAGUCGUAAACUGCGCAACGUUGGAACAAACUGAGAAAUGUCUGCUUCCAUUAUUAUCAGGACGAGAAAUAUCCAAUCGUUUUAUUAAUAUGUACUUAGAUGCAUCGUUACGCGCUCGCAUGUUACGUAUGUCGAUCGCGUAAUUCGAUCUUAGACAAACGAAAAAUAAUAGUGGUAGUGGUAGGAAAUUGGCAACAUUUUCUGUGUCUUGUUUCACCGAUCUUGUUUUUAACCGGUACGCCAAACAAUCAUUUUUAAGCGAUGUCGUUUUAUAUUUCUGCUUCGUAAUCCAGAAAUCCAAGAUACGUUAUACAUGGCAGAAUCAGCGAAAAUAGAAAUUCCAUGUUUUUUCCCUUCGUAUCUAAAUCCGUGAUCCAUAAGAGUGUACGAAUCGAUAUCGUUAUUAAUUCGUCGCUGGCAGAAUUUGAAAAACCGUCUCUUAAUAACGUUGUCUCGUGUAUAGCCGAUAGCGUUUUUGGUGUACGUUUAGCGGAACCGGCAAAUUGUUUUUCCAUUCGCAUCGCCGUGCAGAGAAGCACGCGUGUAGGCAGAGCACGUAACGACCAAAGGAAGGCGAUUCGAAUGCUUCAGGCAUUCGUCUGAACGGAACGAGUAUGCGUGAUGACCUGCCAAUUGUCGGCUCCAAUCGUUUGCAGGCUCUUGAAGCGUGCUUUUUGUUAAUAGCGCUCGUCGAAGCUUGUUAAACUAGCAGCAGGCCCAGCUGUCAUUAAAUGUGUCGUAUACGUGCUGUGUUAUCUUUCCGAUGUCGAUACCAGUUGGAAAUAAUUAAUCCCGGUCGCCCGUACGUCCCGUGGAUCGUUUCGAGUCGUCAUCGAGCUUAACUCGCGAUUAGAGGGAUCGAUCCUUUCGCUUUGAGUUUCAGCUUGACUCGGUUUAACCGUUUCUUGUUCGGUGAACGACGAACGCUCGUAGUCGUCCGUCGUUCGAAAAUUUCACGUCCAUUCGCGAACGAAAUUGAACUCGCUAACUGGCAAGAAGGCACGAGGUUUGCACGUACGUUUGGAUGACGCUAUCGGGAUCCGCGCGUCGUUUCAGGGUUAAAUUGACUCGAGCCGCAACUCCUACGAAACGAUCUCUCGAAGGCAACCGACCGAAGCCACCGCUUUUGCGAGUAGAUCGCUGUUAAAAGGGGCGAUCAUGGGUUUAAAGAGCGGACAGCUAAUUGUACGAUUCAUCCUUCAGCCACAGGAUCUUUCCUUAGUGGAACGCAGAUAGAGUUUGAUCCUCGGCAGACCCAUCCGAUUCCAGCGUUUAGCUAUCGCGAGAUGGCGAAAACCGGUGUUUCGGCGUGUAAAACUUUCGUUUUCGCGGCCAGCUGCGAAUCCAGAGAUGUAAUACACAGCGGAGGAAUUUGAAGUUGCAGAACCUCGACGAUGGAACCAAAGUCGCUUAAUACGUAUAUAUUUUUCUGGAGUGUUUAGGGCGAGAGGAAAACGUAUCGUCGUUGUGUAACUUAAACUUAAACGAAGAGAGAUCUGUACGUAACCUUUGGUUAGUUAGUCACUCGUCGUUAAAGUAGAUCGUCCACCGAGUCCAGUAGGCAAAUGUCUCGCACGAAACGACAUCUCACGCGAUCUUUCAAGAUUAUUUAAACAAAAGAAAGAAUGCUGUACCCGUUUUAGUGUACUCCUGAAUCGUUCGACCGUUAUCGUGAAGCUAUCGUUUAAGUGUCAACCUGUAUCGAGGUACCUUUUUGUGGGCCGCAUACUUACUGUUGCUGCUGCUGUUGCUGGAACAGACGCAAGAGGGAACGAAAAGAAACCACGAAACGAUGCUUGUGAUCGUUCGAUGACCGACCAUUUGCUCGCCCAGGCAUCCAGCUAGAAACUACGAACAAAGAGGCAACCGAGAUCACAUGUUGUUGAUCGAGUAUCUCAGCUUCAGAUCGCCAGUUUAGCGAUGCGCAAACAAAUGUAACCUAGAAGAAUCAAAAUACGCGAAUACCCGUUGCCAUGAUAUACCGUUGAAAGGAUCGUUGAACCAGCCUUUAGCGAAUACAAUAAACGUUAAACUAGUUUUCAAAGCAAUAAUUACGUGGCAAGGGACGAACGUUGAAUCGUAUCGUAUCGUAUCGUAUCGUAUCGUCAUUUCGAUGUACGUUUCGCUGUUUCUUUUCGAUUCGCAGCUAUGAUCGCCCGUAAGGAUGUACCUAUAAAUUAAAUGAAUAUAAAUAUAAAUAAAUAUAUAAAUAAGUAAAUAUAUAUAUAUAUAUAAAUAUAACGAGGAAGAAAUAAUAAAGAAUCUAAAUGCGGAUCGAAGUCGCCGAAUUACCUGAGGUUCGCUGCAAUUCGGCCUCUUUGACGUCUAUGAUCCGUGACAAUACGGGUCAAUUGUAUAUGUAUAAAUAUAGAUAAUUCUACCGAAUCGUGAACCGAAACGUGGCUAAGUCUGUCUGUGAAUAUAAUAUCAAGUAUGUAAACAAAGAUGUGUUUUAGGCUAUUUGUAUUUAAACUAAUUUGAGCUGAUUGUUUACGUAUCCCUGGUACUUACGAGUGAUUAUACGAUAAAUAUAAAUAAAUUAAUUAAAUAGUUAA